AUGUGCCAUUGCAGAAAGGCCUGUUGUGUACCUUGUCGUCCUGGUGAACUUGGAGAAAUGGUCGGUGUGAUCAAAAGGAAGGAUCUACUCUUGAAGUUUGAAGGCUACGUGGACAAAGGCGAUACUGAGAAGAAAAUUUAUCGUGACGUGUUUGCGCAUGGUGAUCAGCUGAUAAUAUCUAGGUUUUCGCCAGUGGUGACAUUUCUGUAUUGGGAUAAACUCGGCUAUUUGUACUUCAAGGACAGAAGAGGUGACACGUUCAGAUGGAAGGGAGAGAAUGUAUCCACGACCGAGGUAGAGGGCAUCCUUCAACCAGUAAUGAGUGUCAUUGAUGCGACUGUGUACGGUGUGGAAGUCGGAAAGAACGAAGGGCGAGCUGGGAUGGCUGCGGUGGUUCUUGGCGAUGAUGUGAACGUUGAGGAAUUUUUGAAUGAGAUUGCUAAGAAGUUGAGAGACAAUCUCGCCACCUAUGCUAUCCCCGUCUUCAUUCGGCUGUGCAAGGAGGUUGAUCGCACGGGUCGAACGUAUUAA